CCCCUAUAGAUAAAUAUUAGUAUUUUUAGAAUGACUACGGAAUUAACACGAUUAAACAACUCAAUCUGAAAUUCAAUUUCACAUCAAGGGUUUCAAGAGAAGAUAGAAAAUCAUGAUUGCAAGAUAGAAGAAUGAAAUGAGUCGCUUGUCGCUAAAUCAGGGUCUUCUAGAGGCUAUUGAAGCCAGGGAUUUAGAAAGGACCGAGUAUUAUGUUUCCUCUGGUGCAGAUAUUAGCAUUACUGACAAAUACGGUAAUACUCCCUUCCAUGCAGCUGUUAUCAAUAAGGAUCCCGACAUAGUUCAGUUUUUGUUAGAAAAAACAAAUGUAAAUCCAAACCGAAAAACGAAGUUCGGUAACACUGCCUUACAUUUGGCUGUUAUAUGUUACAGUCCCACCAUAAUCCAUUUGUUAUUAGAGCGAACAGAUAUAGAUUCAGGUGAAACGAAUAAGUCUGGGAACACUGCCUUACACUUAGCUGCAAAAACCGGACAUCUCGACGCAGUCCAAUUGCUAUUAGAGAGAACCGACAUCAAUCCAGAUGAAAAGAAUAAGUCUGGCGAUAACCUCUUACAUUGUGCAACUGAAGGUGAACAUAUUGACGUAGUCAAGUUGUUAUUAGAGAAAACAGAUAUAAAUCCGAAUGAAACGAAUGAAUCCGGCGAUAACCCCUUACAUUGUGCUAUUAAAGUUGGACAUUUCGAGUUGGUCCAGUUGUUAUUUGAGAAAACAGAUAUAAAUCCAAAUGAAACGAAUAAGUCCGGCGAUACUCCCUUACAUUGUGCUAUUAAAGGUGGACAUUUCGAGUUGGUCCAGUUGUUACUAGAGAAAACAGAUAUCAAUCCAAAGGAAAUGAAUAAGAUCAACGGGGACACUCCCUUACACACUGCUGUUAGAGAUCGAAACCUCAACAUUAUCAAAUUGCUAUUAAGGAGGAGAGAUUUAGAUCCAAAUGAAGUAAAUAAGUCCGGUAAUAACCUCUUACAUUGUGCUACUAAAGGUGGACAUCUCGACGUAGUCCAGUUGUUGUUAGAGAAAACAGAUAUAAAUCCAAAUGCAAUGAAUAAGUCCGGUGACAACCCUUUACAUUGUGCUACUGAAGGUGGACAACUUGACGUAGUCAAGCUGUUAUUAGAGAAAACAGAUAUAAAUCCAUAUGAAAUGAAUAAGGAUGGGAAGACUGUUUUACAUAUCGCUCUUGAGAAAGAAGACACCGAAAUAGUCCAAUUAUUAUUAGAAAGAACACAAAUUGAUCCCAACAAGAAAACUAGAGUAUGAGUUAUUUAUUACCCAACGUUAUUUGCGUCGGAUGAUGGGAUUAUUAAACCACCUGAUACAACUAUCAAACUUUAUGUCAAUAACAUAAUUUCGAUAAAAUCUGUAUUCAUCUAUCCAUCAUACUUUAUCCUUGAACAAGUAAACUAAGGUUAAUUGUAUGUUACAAAAAAAAAGAAGAAAAUUGAAUAAAUUGAACUGAUAUGUUUUUUAUUGACAUGAGCUCAACCACUUUCUCUACAGAAACACCAUAAGCGAUUUACUAUUCAGAUACCUUUGGAAAAUGUGGACAUUAUUUUAGGAAUAAAUCGAAUAUUUACAAACCACUCAAAAUUUAUGUUCAAUUGUACAUACGCAUCUUAUGCAAAUAACUAUAUUAAAACGUUGAGCCGAGUUCAGUCCCAGUCUUUGGUUGAGUUCAAUUUCGACAAACGUUAGUUUUUCUAAGGAUUUGAUUGAAUUUAGCAUUUGGUUGAAUUUUCGUCUUUAGUAUUGUCAGGUACUGGUAAAUGUUACAUAAAAAACCCAAAUAGGUAUUAAAUUGUGCGGUGUAAUUUAUAAUACUUAAUCGGUAGCAAGAUUGACAAAUAUUUUAUAAUGAUUCUUUAUAAUUGUGGCAGUAAUCCACUAUACUUAUAACUAUGGUAACAAGUCAAAAUUCAAGUUUUUACUAAAUAUAAAGGAGGGAAGCAUUUCAUCAGCUAUGCUAUGAAUUUCUAGUUUAUGUUUGUAUACAGGUUCAAGAUGAUGUUGACAAUUAACAAGUUUAUCAAAUAUUUAAUGUGUAAAACACUAGAAGUGAAAUGAACUUUUCAUUUGUUUACAUUUUGUUGUACAAGUGUUGCGGUAGGGAAUGUAUGUAAUUACUCAUGGCUCACCUUCUACAUGCUAUAUAUCAUGUACUUUUCGAAUUAAGGAUCAUUUCUUGUAACCAAAAAUUCUUAUUCAAACGUUUGAUAUGCCUGAUAUACAUAGGAAAAUAUUUCAACAGCAAAUAUAUGCACGAAACGAUACCGUUACAACAGCACAAUGGAAAACCAAACUUGCAUAUCAAAUUGAACAUCAUAGCCUAAAAUUGAGAUUAUAAUGACAUAUUUUAAAGAUUAAGUGAUGAAAUGAAUUACUACAUUGGUAAUUAUCCCAGUACCCAUUUUCUGACCAAAUUGAAGAAUUUGCAACUCAUGUGAAUGUUUAUUGUUAACAUUCAUGAUUACUUCAUGCUAGAAAUGUUUUGAAAAAUUUUGUCAUUUUCAAAUAUA